CCUCCCAAAGCCGGAAAGAAGGCUGCCCCAGCCCCAUUCCCCCAGUCGAAAGCUGGUGCGGGAUCAAAGAAGGCCCCAAAGGUACGUUCAUCUACUCCAUCCUUUUACAAAUUUGCCAAUGCUGAUGUGAUUAGAACCCUCUCAUCGAGAAGAAGACCCGUAACUUCGGCAUCGGCCAAGACAUCCAACCCCGACGAAACCUCUCGCGCAUGGUGA